CAUUACGCCCGAACCAAGGAGGUCUAUUCCAUAGCACGACUUUCUAUUCGCAUUAAUUUUGUAUUAUUAUUAUUAUUAUUACUUAUUUAUUUAUCUCAAGCCCGAAAUGGACUCGCAUUACAUUGCAAUAUCCAACAAGUACGAUUACCUAUACGAGCCCCUCCAUCAUGCUAGAGCUCCACUUAUCAUCAACAACCUAAAACUGAAACCAGACGAUCUGAUGUUGGAUAUCGGGGCUGCUACCGGUCAACAAGCACAUCUGAUAUGGAAGCAAGCGGGACUCAAGAACCCUGUGACGUGUGUGGAGCCUUGUGAAGCACUCUUUGAACAUGCAAGAAAACUGGAUGGUACUGUGCCUGUGAUGCAAACAGCAGAACAGUUUUGUGAUCAUUUAGUUCAAGUGGGAAGUCAGCGUCAAUUCAACAAGGUGCUGCUUUGUGGUGUAGUGCAUCAUAUCGAUGACAUUGUUAAAUGCCUUGGACAGAUCCUCGACUACCUCCCCAAAAAUGGUGUUUGUUUCAUUUCAAAUCAGUCGUUUACCGAAAAAUCCUUAUCAUCUCUGCCGCUGACAGCUUUCCAGCUACGAUACUUCAAGGAGACGUCAAACCCAUUUGAUAUCAUAUUACCCUACGUCAAAAGCCGUGAUGAUGUCAUUACAGAAGUGACCAAUGAUGAGCCUUCUUUCAGAAUUCCCAAAAGUAGGUGGUACUACAUGAUUCGCAAUUACUUUUGGUCGCAUUUCCAUCAAUACACGGAUAAAGAGAUCGAAGAAAGCAUCAAAGAGCUGGAUAAUGGGAGAUUUAAACAAGUCAAAGAUGAUGAACUGAUAACUGUAGUAUAUAAAGUUACUGGAGUCAAAAUAACAAAGAAAGAAAUAUUGAAAGGCAUUUGAUUAUAAAGUUUAUGGCGACAAGUUUAGUAGACGUUUCGUUAUGAGUGAAUAUACAUAACUAUGGCAAUGAAAUUUAAAUACUGCAUGUACAUCAAAUAAUUAGAAU